AUGGAAGAGGAUGGAGAGGUUUGCCGAGGAGCUGAAAGAGAUGCAACGGGCCGCACGCGAGCGCCGCCUGGCUCUCGCAGAGCGCAGCCGCAGCCAACAAGCCGCCCUCAGACCGCGCUGCCACGGUCGGAGGCCCGGCAGGCUCGGGCCUCCUCGGUGACGAAGAGCUGCGAGCAGUUCUCGGUGAGAUCGAAGAAAAUUGGGGCCGCUGCGUGGGUUUGUACAUUCACGGGUCCACGAUUUUCUCCAACAAGGAGCCGAAAGACUUGGAUUUGCUCGCAAUUGUGGACGAAGCCAAGAAGGUCAUCACUUCGGGGUCGAAGGAGGCCCAGUUUAUCCGCGGACGCUGCGAAGUCUCGGUCUACGAACGCCGGUGACUUCUGGCUGAGCAGGCUGGAGGCGAUGGACCUGACCAUGCUGACUUGCAUCUCAACGCCGAAGCGGUUUGUCUUACUUGAGAUCGACGAUCCCCGUGUGCGAAACUUGACGCUUCCGCUGGACAUCCUCGAGGAGUCGGUGGCCUCGUAUGCAGAGUACACCUGGCUGAAGGCUCAUCGGAGGAUGGAUGGCAAAGGAAAGGACCUCUACUCAGCUGCGAAGAACUGCUACUUUGCUUUUCGGAUCCUGUGCUUCGGCCAGCAGCUCAUCCAGAAUGGACGUAUCCCCGACCUUACAGCUGCCAAUCCGAAGUACGAAGUGAUCCAGUCGGUCUUCGAUGCACUCUCGGUGGAGCCGGGCGAAUGGGAUGUGGUCGAAGCGAUCUUUGGCCGGCUCUUCAGAGCCGAGUUGGCGAGUUUCACCGGGAAGAUCGUUGCCGCCCGAGACGGCGACGAGGCCGAGGCGGAGGUCCCAGAGGAAAAACCGGAAGCGGUCUGUGCCUGCGCUCUCUGUGAUGGCAAGGCACCGCCCCUGCGAUGGCCGGAGGCUUGGCGCGCGGCGGCGCUGGAUCGGCUUCCACGCUGCACCGUCUCAGGCUUGCGCCGAUUGAGGGGCUUCCAGACGAGCACUGCUGGAGCCUGCCGAGUUCGCAAGGCUCGGUGGCUGCUGGAGCACACGGUGCAGAUGGCCAAUUGUCAGCAUUGCUUUCAUCUGCUCUGCAUUGUGAAAGCCCUCCGAAGCAGGGCGUGGCCGAAGAAAGGCGGCGGCUGCCCUCUCUGCCAGAGGAAUCUGAGGACUGAAGUCGACAAGCCGAGGGCCUUCAAGCUGUGGGGCGCCGCCACGGCCGCGAGGCCAGCUGACGAGACGGCGCCUGAGGCUUGA